GACGUUUCAUAGCCAACCACUUGAAGACGGAGAGGUGGGCCCGGAGCCCGGACUCGCUACUGAGGUGUGAAGAGGUUUGUGUCCUUAAAACACAAUAAUUAGACAUUUUCACCUACUGGCAGUCACCGAGCCCUUCUAAAGUCACACAGGGCACGCCAGUCGGUCAGUUUUUCAGUCAGUGUUAAAGCCUACCCAUGUGCGCUGCAGCACCUACACACGAAAAGUAGCUUGAUGAGUAUCCAAAGUAGUGGAAGUUUGGAGGGGACGCCAUCUUUGGUCCCAGCUCUCCACGUCCCCAACACGGACUGUGUUUUCAGCUACAUACCACGGCAGUGGUGAAGGUCCAGAAAGGCACCAUGGAGGAGCUGCACAGCCUGGACCCCCGGAGACAGGAGCUGCUGGAGGCUCGUUUUAUGGGCGGAGUCAGUGGCAGCACAGGGGGCAGCACUGGCAGCGCAAGCGGGGGAACCAAAGGCUUGACCAAUAAUGAAUGUUCAAAUCACAGUUUUGGAAGUCUAGGAUCUUCAAGUGACAAGGAGUCGGAGGGGUCUGAUGUGAAAAGAGGGAGCUCUCCUGCUUAUUCGACCCCAGAGAAGAAACAGACUGAAACAACUAGAGGCAGAAAAAGGAAACCUGAGAUCCAGUCAGAGAGCAGCCAAGGAAAAUCAACUGUGCGGGGACCCAAAAUAAGUGAUUAUUUCGAUUUCCAGGGAGGAAAUGGGUCCAGUCCUGUGAGAGGUCCCCCUCCAGUGAUUCGUUCGCCCCAGAAUUCACAUUCCCACUCGACUCAGGGCACUUCUGUUAGACAAAAUAGCUCAUCUCCUACUAGUCUGUCUUUUGGGGACCAUAUGGCACAUCCAAAGCAACUAGCAGUCAAAUUUGUUCAGACUGACCUGACAGUGUUAAAAUUGGCUGCCCUUGAAAGCACCAAGAAUCUAGACCUUGAGAAGAAGGAGGGCAGGAUAGAUGACCUGUUAAGGGCAAACUGUGAUCUCAGGAGACAGAUAGAUGAACAGCAAAAGUUACUUGAGAAAUACAAGGAACGCUUGAAUAAGUGCAUCACCAUGAGCAAGAAGUUACUUAUAGAAAAGAGCACCCAGGAGAAGCAGGCCUGUCGGGAGAAGAGCAUGCAGGAUAGACUACGUUUAGGCCACUUUACUACAGUGAGACAUGGGGCCUCAUUCACAGAGCAGUGGACAGAUGGCUAUGCCUUCCAAAACCUUGUCAAGCAGCAGGAGUGGAUAAACCAACAGAGAGAAGACAUUGAGAGGCAGAGGAAACUUCUUGCCAAGAGGAAACCUCCAUCUUCCAACAACUCCCAAACACCAACCACAAACUCUGAGCCAAAGCAACGGAAAACCAAGGCGGUGAAUGGAGCAGAAAACGAUCCCUUUCUAAAACCCAGCCUACCUCAGCUGCUGACAUUAGCAGAGUACCAUGAACAGGAAGAGAUCUUCAAACUGCGACUUGGACAUCUGAAAAAGGAAGAAGCUGAGAUCCAGGCAGAGCUCGAGCGUCUGGAGAGAGUGCGCAACCUUCACAUUCGGGAACUGAAGAGAAUAAAUAACGAAGACAGCUCACAAUUUAAAGAUCACCCAACGUUGAAUGAAAGAUACCUGCUCCUGCAUCUUCUAGGCAGAGGAGGCUUUAGUGAAGUUUACAAG